UACUAUAUAGUGUUUUCUGUUUGAAGGAAAUUCGCAUCCUUAAUCUCCGCAAUCUCCCUUCGUCAACCCGACGCCCAAAACAAGCCCAACGCACGCCCACAAAAGCGACCUCAGCAGCUGAAACUCUCACAACCAAAGCUUCAAAAAAUCGCCCACAAUGCUUUCCCCAGAAGAAAAACCAUCUCCUUUCCAAACCCGAACAUCGCCCACAACGAAAACAUUCGCUAUCCGCACCAAACCCUCUCUCCUCUCCGACUCCUUCCUCUUCGCAGCUGGAGCCUCAGUCUCUCUCUUUCUCGUGUGGGCCCUCUCCGACUCCUUCAACCCCACCCCUGACCUCUCCUCCUUCAACUCCACUCCGCUAAAAUGCGCCGGCAGUGCGCAGUCCACCAUUAACCUUAACCUACACCCAGAUCCUCCCACAGCCAAUUUCUACGACGAUCCAAACCUAACCUACUCCUUCAAAAAUACAAUCAAAAACUGGGAUUUCAAGCGUCAAGAUUGGCUACGACAACACCCGGAAUUUACAUCGGUGGGCCAUGCCGAUCGGAUUCUACUUAUCACCGGAUCUCAGCCGUCUCCGUGCAAGAAUCCAAUCGGCGACCACCUUCUGUUCCGGUUAUUCAAGAACAAGGUCGACUACUGCCGAAUCAACGGCUACGAUAUCUUCUACAACAACGCCCUCCUCAACCCGAAGAUGGGCCACUACUGGGCGAAGCUCCCGAUCAUCCGAGCCGCGAUGCUGGCCCACCCGGAGAUCGAGUGGAUCUGGUGGGUCGACUCAGACGCGUCGUUCACGGACAUGGACUUCCGGCUCCCGUUAGCAAAAUACAAGAGCCACAACCUUAUCGUGCACGGCUGGCCACGUGAGAUCUACGAACGGAAGAGCUGGGUGGGCCUCAAUGCGGGGGUUUUCCUUAUACGCAACUGCCAGUGGUCGAUGGACUUCAUGGACGUGUGGGCCAACAUGGGCCCACAGAGCCCUGAAUACGAGAAGUGGGGAGAAAUCCAACAGUCUGUAAUGAAAAACAAGAGGCUUCCAGAAUCGGACGAUCAAGCAGCGCUGGUGUAUUUUCUGUUGGAGGAGAAGGGCAAAUGGGGAAAUAAAAUUUAUCUCGAGAGCGAUUUCUAUUUUGAGGGGUAUUGGGUGGAAAUCGUGGGUACGUUAGCAAAUGUGACGGAGAAGUAUCGGGAGUUGGAGAGAGGGGUGCGUAGGUUACGAAGACGGCAUGCGGAGAAGGUGAGUGGGUACUAUGGAGAGAUUAGGGAGGAACAUAUGAAAGGGUGGGGAAUCGGGCAGGGGAGCUUGAGGAGGCCGUUCAUUACGCAUUUCGUGGGGUGCGAGCCCUGUAGUGGGACCCACAAUGAGAUAUACACGUGGGAGAGUUGUAGGGAGGGGAUGGAGCGGGCUCUGAACUUCGCGGACGAUCAGGUGCUGAGGAACUUUGGGUUUGGGCGGGAGGAUCUGUUGGAUGUUGGUACGGUGGUCCCGCGGGAGUACGAUUUCCCGGCUUGAGAGUGGUGAAGAGUGAAGAAGGUAUGAGAGUGGUAACAUGUGGUGUGAUUAGAUUUUCUUUUCUCUCUUUGUGAUGGCACGUGCAAAAAUGUACCUCUAUCUGUGAACCGUCAAAUUACCGUACGUUAUGGGUUUCAAAAAUGGGACAGCAUGGAUGAUUGUAUAUGUGUAUUGUGUAUCGGUGGCUAUGAGAUGGACGGUCAAGAUGAAAGAAAAUGUCUUGAGUCCAAAUUCAAUAAAAAUGUACAUUAGGUUCUCA